AUGGGUGAAAAGAAGAUUCUCAGGCUCAAUUCAUCAGGUAGAAGCCCUUGGUACCAUGUCGACGGCACCAUUACAGAGAGCUACGUCAUUGGAGUUGCAGGUGGAAGCGGAAGUGGCAAGACCAGCGUUGCCGAACGUAUCCUCAAGAACCUUAAUGUACCAUGGGUGGUGAUUGUUUCAAUGGAUUCAUUCUACAAUGUGUUGUCGCCUGAACAAAGUGCUUUGGCACAUGCAAACAAUUUUGAUUUCGAUCAUCCUUCCGCAUUCGAUUAUGAUCUCUUAUACGAUGCUCUUUGCAAACUCAAGCAUGGAAAAUCGGUCAAUAUCCCCGUAUACGAUUUCUCAUUGCACGCACGAGCCGAUAAGACAACAUCCAUCUAUGGUGCCAAUGUCAUUAUCUUUGAGGGUAUUUAUGCAUUAUACGACAAGCGAAUCCGUGACCUGAUGGAUCUCAAGAUUUUUGUUGAUACGGAUGCUGACAUUCGAUUGGCAAGAAGAUUGCAACGCGACAUUGCAGAGCGUGGCAGAGAUAAGGAAGGCAUUCUUCAACAAUAUUCGAGAUUCGUCAAGCCGGCUUUUGACGACCAUAUCCAACCCACUGUGAAAUAUGCGGAUGUUAUUAUCCCAAGAGGUCUUGAAAAUGUCGUUGCUAUCGACUUGAUCACCAAACAUGUCCAAAAGCAAUUGAAUGAGCGCAGGAUGCAUUUACGAUGGGACCUUGCCAAUACGCCUAUCGACAAUGAAGUACCACCUGAUGUCGUCGUUUUGCCAGAGACCAACCAAAUCAAGGGAAUGCACACAAUCUUGCGUGAUCGAACCACUUCACGGGAUGAAUUCAUCUUUUACGCAGAGCGGCUAUCAACAUUGAUUGUGGAAGCCGGUCUCAAUCUACUCCCAUUCGCUGAAACUACGGUGACAACGCCAAUUGGUGCCUCAUACAAGGGAACAAAGUUUACGGAAAAGAUUUGUGGCGUAUCUAUUCUACGUGCUGGUGGAACGAUGGAGACAGGUUUACGUCGCGUCUGUAAUGACGUUUCCAUUGGCAAGCUCUUAAUCCAGACCGAUCCCAGCACCGGUGAACCACAGCUGCAUUAUUGUAAAAUCCCUUCAGAUGUCAAGGAUUAUCAAGUCGUAUUGAUGGACGCCACCAUUGGAACGGGUGCUGCAGGCCUUAUGGCUAUCCGCGUCUUAUUGGAUCAUGACGUUCCCGAGGAAAACAUCAUCUUCACAGUCUACCUCGCAGCACCAGUGGGUCUCAACGUGAUUGCAAAAGCCUUUCCCAAGGUUAAGAUUGUUACGUCAAUGGUGGAUCCUGUGCUAUCAAAGGAGACGCUCUAUAUUGAGCCUGGCAUUGGCAACUUUGGAGACCGCUACUUUGGUACCGAGGAUGGCGAAUAA